AUGGCUGUCGCUUUCACAGCGCCUUUAUCCCAGGGCUUUGGGUAUGGCAUUAUCCUUGGAUUGGGAUUUGCUUUUGCCCUGGUCAUGAUCUUUAUUACAUGGGCAUUGAAACGGUACCAACAUGAAGUUCAAACCUCCGAGAUGUUCUCGACAGCUGGUCGUUCUGUCAAAUCCGGCCUCGUCGCUGCUGCCGUCGUUAGUAGCUGGACAUGGGCGGCGACUCUGCUGCAGUCGUCAGCAGUCGCGUAUAAAUAUGGAAUUUCGGGCCCUUUCUUCUAUGCUUCAGGUGCAACCGUGCAAAUCCUCCUUUUCGCGACCAUUGCCAUCGAGCUAAAACGACGAGCACCGAACGCGCAUACCUUCCUUGAAGUGAUCCGGGCUCGCUACGGCACAGUUGUCCAUGUCGUUUUCAUUGUUUUCUGCCUCAUGACAAACAUCCUCGUCACGGCCAUGCUAUUGACUGGUGGUUCUGCGGUCAUGACCUCCCUCACUGGGGUUCACACUGCGGCGGCUUGUUUCCUGCUUCCCAUUGGUGUGGUGCUGUAUACUCUCUUUGGCGGUAUCAAAGCUACCUUCAUAACGGACUACAUGCACACUGUGGUUAUCUUGGUGGUCAUUUUCCUCUUUGCGUUUUCAGCAUAUGCGACUAAUGCCGAGCUUGGCUCGCCAGGCAAGGUCUAUGAUGCCCUUGUUGAAGCUGCAAAGAGACACCCUGUCGAGGGAAAUGCGGAGGGAAGCUAUGUCACCAUGCGCUCGAAAGAGGGUGGCAUUUUCUGGAUCAUCAACUUGAUUGGCAACUUUGGAACGGUUUUCCUCGACAACGGCUACUACAACAAAGCUAUCGCCGCAAGCCCCGUCCACGCUUUUCCCGGAUAUGUCAUCGGAGGUCUUUGCUGGUUCGCCAUUCCCUGGCUCUGCGCCAGUACAAUGGGUAUCUCGGCGCUGGCCUUAGAAGGCACAAAUAGAAUGAGCGACAACGAUGUCACGGCCGGACUAGUCCUACCCUUUGCCGCAGUCAAACUUCUCGGAUACAGCGGUGCAGUGGCCACCACAUUGAUGAUAUUCAUGGCUGUCACUUCCGCUUUCUCGGCACAGCUAAUUGCCGUUUCGUCCAUUUUCACCUACGAUAUCUGGCAGGCGUAUAUUGAGCCAUCUGCCAAGGGCAAGAAGCUUGUCUGGGUAUCGCAUAUGUCUUGUAUCGUCUACUCGAUCAUCAUGGCUGGCUUUGCCACGGGGCUUUACUACGCUGGUAUUGGUAUGGGAUAUUUGUAUUUGCUUAUGGGUGUCAUUAUUUCCUCUGCUGUCUUCCCCGGCGCAAUGACUCUUCUCUGGAAGGGCCAGAAUUGGAUUGCUGCUGCUGCUUCCCCACCGCUUGGACUCGCUGUGUCUCUUAUCGCAUGGCUCGUGGUUGCGAAGAAAGAAUCCGGUAUUUUAACCGUGGACACUACAGGUGCAAACUACCCUAUGCUAGCAGGAAACGUGGCUGCCCUACUCAGUCCAAUGAUCUUCUCCCCACUCUUCACAUUCAUCUUCGGCUCCCAGAACUACGACUACGAGUCCAUGCGCGCAAUCCGCAAAGUCGACGACUCUGAAGUCGCGGCCGCAGCACACAUCGACCUAGAGCUCGUCCCGGGCGAAGGAAACGAAUCCUCCACCGCACAAACAGAAGAAGAAGAGCGUAAGCUCAACCGUGCCGCACUAUACUCGCGCACACUUACCGUCUUCAUGGCCUUCGCUUUUCUCAUCCUAUGGCCGAUCCCAAUGUACGGGAGCUCUUACGUCUUCAGUAAGAAGUUUUUCACGGGCUGGGUUGUUGUUGGCAUGAUCUGGCUCUUCUGCACAUUGUUUGGUGUUGUUGUUUUCCCGGUGUACGAGGGCCGUGAGAGCAUUAUUCGUGUAUCGCGAAUGAUGUUCCUUGAUCUUAUGGGUCGGAAGCCGGUUGUUUGGCGCGGCAAGGAGGAUUCAUCUCAUCCUUCUGGUGUUGUGACGCCGACGGAGGUUGGAGAUGAGAAGAGUAAGGAUGCAGAGGAUAUAAAGCCUUCUCUUUAG